AUGGAGGUUCCGACUCAGGAUGUCGGAACGUUGUCAUCGCUGACUUCCAGCUUAUUGGCUCGUAUUAUGAGCUUCUCCUUUCUAGCUUCCUGGAUUCAGCAGAGUUCAAACUCUCAAUCAUACGUCUUCGACACUGCCAAACUGUUCUUCCUUGGUACCCUGGUGGAAGCUGGACGGAGAUUCUUGCAGUGGCUUGCUGAGCGUGUGAGAUUCCAGUACUCCGUCACUGCGCAUUUCACUGAAGGCGACCCGGCAUACGAAUGGAUUGUCAUGUUCCUGACGGAAGAAAACAUAUGGAAGCGCUCGAGAGACUUUCAUAUCAAUGCUAAGAGCUCGACGCGAAGAUGGGGUAUCACUCUCGGCGAAAACGCACCCGGAAGCGACCAUGUCGACUUCGUCCCUACCUACGAGCUCCCCCAUCUGUUCAGGAUCUACACACUCAACGUCAAGGACCUUCAAGAGUUCGUGGAAGAGGCCAGGGUUCGCUAUAUCGAGCAUGGCCGCUCUAGUGUCAUCCUUCACUCGGCGUCUCAGCCCAAUUUCGGCCCUGGGUUUGUCUGGAGCAGCGUUAAGCGAAAGCUGAGAAGGCCCAUGGACUCAAUCAUUCUAGAGGAAGGCAUGCUAGAUUCAAUCGUGCAGGAUGCAAAAGACUUCAUCGAGAUGGAAGACUGGUACAUCGAGGCAGGAAUUCCUCAUCGUAGAGGAUACCUAUUGCACGGACCACCCGGAACAGGGAAGACUUCCACCAUACAUGCGUUGGCAGGAGAGCUCGGGCUUGAGAUAUUCUCUCUCUCCUUGUCUGCAGGAUUCGUGGACGAUGCUUUCCUUCAGCAGGCCUCAUCGACGAUUCCCAAGAAAGCCAUUUUUCUGAUUGAGGAUAUCGACUGCGCGUUUGCUUCACGCGAGGACGACGAGACUAAUACUUCCGGAGGGGCGUCAUCGAACGGUUUUCUCGGGCUUCCUUUUAUGCCCCUGAGGCGCUCAAACGUGACCCUCUCCGGCCUUCUGAACGUGAUAGAUGGAAUAGGAAGUGAAGAAGGCGUGCUGUUUUUCGCAACUACGAAUCACAUCAAUCGAUUGGACCCAGCUCUUCUCCGUCCAGGCCGAAUCGACCGCAAAAUUGAAUACAAGCUGACAACAGCUGCGCAGGCGACCGCCCUGUUCUCACGUUUCUUCCCUGCAGCCCGUACAACCUUGGGAAAGGAAUCGACCGAAUCAGACAAGGCAGCCCGUCUUCAGGAGCUCGCCGUGCGCUUUGCGAGUAGGAUACCCGAACAUAAAUUCUCGACGGCCGAACUCCAAGGCUAUCUUCUCUCGUGCAAGGGAUCCCCUGAAGAUGCUGUCUCAGGGAUCGACCUGUGGGUCCAGCAAGAACUCGACGAUCGAAGGUCGAGGCAGGCAAAAGAGAGUGAUGCUGCACAGCUGAGCUCCACCAUGCACGAUCAUCAGGAGCCACAGCCUGUGUUGGCCCCCGUUGUUUCUCCAUCUACAUCCCAAAGUUCUGUUUCGCGGAAGACGCGUGCGGUGCUCACCCCUCCUUCGACGCCACCGCUAGGAGCCAAGGAGCACGUCCCGUUCACUGCCCAAUAA